GCCCUCUUAAUCCUCCUCCUCCCCCAGGCGUCGCCGGCGGCUAGAUUCCGGCCGGUGAUGGAGGCGUCGGCGUCGGCGGCGGCGGCGGCGGCGCUGUGGGGGCACAAGCACCUCCCGCUCCUGGCGCGCGCGUCCUCCAAGGAGUCGGUGGAGUACAUCCUGCAGGCGCUCUGGCGCACCCGCCGCACCGGCCUCGACGCCGCCGACCGCGCCGUCGUCCGCGACAUGCUCCACCUCGCCUCCGACGCCGACCUCGACCCCUUGCUGGUUUGCCUCAGGGUACUGAUUCGCAGAUGCGUCCAUGGGAACAUCGGGAAGGACGAAGUCGCCAAGCUUUUCCCCGAGGAGGUGUCGCCCGAGCUGCAGAGGCUGCUCACCUUGCUUCUUCAGAAGUUUCAGCCGGAGUGGCAAGAGGAUGUUGCCAAGGAUCAGGCAUCUGCAUCACGGCCAGAAACAACCGAAUGCCCUUCAAAUCAAAACCAAGAUACAACAGAGCAGCCAGCUGCUGGUGCUACAGAGAUUCAGAAUGGUGGGAAAUCAUCAGUUGUGGAAAAAGAACUGAAGCUUCAGUUAACCAAGGAUACUUUAGACAAAAUGCUCGAGGAUAUGUACUCAACCAAGGGCCAAGCGUCCAACACUGGCAAUACCAAUGGACAUGAAGAGACUGCAGGAUGCACUUAGGAAAAUGGAAAAUGCUGUUUUUGUCAUUUUAGCUUUAGCUCCAGGGACAUUUUGCAGCAGAAAAACUGUACCAGAUAACAUCCCGUGUCUCUCUGCGUCUUGUGAUAGAUAUUUUUCCCCUUGGGCAGUUUGAUCUAGGCUUUGGUCACUGCAUCCAUUUACCCUAAGGAGCAAAUGUAGGUUUAGAAGCUUUCCUUGUAGAAGAAGUUAGUAGGUGAUUCAUCUGUAAAUUGAAAUCCAUUGGAAGUAUCAGUGUCAACGCAUGCUGAAAUCCUUACAUUUCCACA